AGAUAUUUGAAGUCUAUUUCUUAUUCAGUCUUAAUGUCAUGUUUUUCUCUUUACAUGGAAAAAUUAAGAUCAAAUACUAAUGAGAAAUAAGGGGGGGGAACGUAAGGGCAACGCUGGUGGCGGGGGAGACCCGCUGCGCUCGGCCGAAGUGCCGCUUCGGGGGGGCGAGGGCGGAGAAGGCGAGGCUCGCUCGCCUUUUGGCCCUGGCGCGCUCGGCUUCCGUAGGGCCUCCGGGCGACCGCUGGCCGCUUGCCAACCACUCAGCUCAGGUCCCGCAUCCAACGCCGCUUCCUGGCCGGCCAGCGGGUGGACGGACGGUCGUUUGGGGAGACGCUGCGCUGGGGCCGCUCCGCUGCAGUGCGCAUGUGCAGCCCCGGGACAUCAGCCCGCCUUCCCGGAAGGCCGCCACUCCGCUUUUUUCCUUGUGCCGCUGCUCUGGAGCUCGCCUUCUUAUAAUUCUUACUAUAAUUAGGGAUAGAGAGACUAUCCCUAAUUAUAGUUGUGAGAAACGGAAUAAGUUACCAUUUGUCAUUGGAAAAUCUGACUCCGAAAACUCACUUCUGAUGGCCAACAUCUAAAUCACCUACAAGAUCCCACAGAUGGAGUUUAAAAUUGAGCAUACAUGGAACAGCCUUCCGGUGGCCCAUGAUCCAAUAAUAAUCAGUCUGAGUCCAGAAAAUGCUGGAAUACUGAUGGAAUUGAAUGCCCCAUUUUUCAAUGAUACUCCAGCUCCUCCUGGUGAACCAGGAAAACCAUUCAAUGGAUUAUGGGACUAUGAGGUCGUAGAAGCCUUCUUCUUGAAUUACCAAACCGAGCAGUACCUAGAAGUAGAGCUCUGCCCGCAUGGCCAACAUCUUGUAUUGUUCCUUUGUGGCAGACGGAAUAUCUGCAAAAAAGAACUGCCUUUAAAAUUUGAAGUUUCAAGAGCAACUACCAAAUGGAGGGGCCAUGCUCAUUUGCCUUGGAAUUUUUUUCCUCCCAACACUGACAGAUUUAAUGCAUUUGCAAUUCAUGGAUCAGAUGUGAACAGAACAUAUGAAGCUCUCUAUCCUAUUCCUCAAAAUGAAGUUCACAAUAACCAUAAACCUGAUUUCCAUCGUCUGGAAUAUUUUAAAAAUUUCAGUUUCAAACAAUUAAUGGGAGAAGAUUGGAAACAGAUUGAAUCAGACUUGUGGGAAUCAUGUGUGAGAUGAAAAAUAAAAGAAUAUCAUAAAGAUUUGGCUGAGCAAACUUGUGGGCAGAUCUUUCUUUUUUGGCCUGCAGGUGGGCUUUCUUUUGAAGAAAAAGGUAAUUUAUCAAAUUAGAAUUGUUAGAAAAGAAUUUGGAAAAUAUAACUAUUGCAAGAUUAUUGUAUGGAAAAAAAAUGGAAAUAAAAUGAAAAACAUUCAGAGGAAAUUUGACUUAUAAAAUUAACUGAAUGUACAGAAAUGAUGAAGCUGACCUGUCUGAUGAGAAAGAGAAAAAGAGAAUAAUCUUUUUGGAAACCUUAUAUGAACAUUUUGCUGAAAGAAAAAAAUUUAAAUGAAUGAUUUCAGAAUUUGAAAGGAACAAAGUGGAUGAUAAAAAUAUUAAUAUGAUAAUUACUUGAUAGAAAUGCAGAUGGAUAAUUGUAUGUUCUCUUAUUUCAUUUCCUGAAAUUUUCUCUUUUCCUUACUAUCUUGUUUUGUUUGUUCUGCAUACUUCUUACUUUUGCUAUAUUGAAAUAUGUGUGGUAUAUGUGUGCAUAUGCAUGCAUGGGCACUCAAUACAGCUACUUUACUUCUUUUAAGCGUUUAUAAAGAUGACAAAUUAAGCCACUAUAGAAGACAGAGGUGAAUCACUUUAGUUACUACAUAAAAAUGAAGCAGGAGCAUUAACCUCCAGUUCUAAUGCAGAUUAAGAUAGAUUAUUGGACACAGUUGGAUACUGUUCUUUUACAGUACUAGAAAGUCUCUAGUGGAUUAAAUCAAAGCGUCUUGGCAUCAGGGAAAAUUCAUAGAUAUGGUUAUAAAAUAUAAACUGUAUGUCUGUAUAUCUUUAUAAUAAAAUAAUUAUCAGUACCUGGAAUCAUGUAAAAGUUUUGCUUCCUUUCAUCUCUGCAUUUUGUUAUUUCAAUAAAGUCAUAA